AUGGAAAGCGAGAGUGAGGAGAGUGUAGAAGGUGGAGAUGAAUCGGACGGUGAGGUAGAACACGGGCAGAAAUCUAGUGCAAAGGCGGUGGUUGCAGCAUCGAGAAACGGUCGUCGCGCUUCCGCUCCAGCUCGUGAGAUUUUGGCCCACUCAGGGGUUGCUACACCGACACCUGAGCGGACGAGACGAAACAGUCGAAGGAAGACCAUUCAUGGUUCGUUCGACACUACCAGUCUCGAAGGUCGCGCCAAAGGAGAGUCCCGAAGAGGCAAGAGGUGA